CAGCGCUCCCGGCCGCGCAUGCGCACACGGAGCGGCCGCGACCUGCCCGGCGGAGCCCGCCGUGUCCCACCUGUGUCCCUCGGGCCGUGUCCCACGUGUGUCCCUCCGUCCUCGCCAUGUUCACCUGUGCAAAGUUCGUCUCCGCUCCUGCGCUUGUGAGGAGGAGCCCGUGGGUGCUGGGCCAGCCCCUGUCGGCGGCGCUGAGCCCCGAGACGCGGCCGGAGCAGACUGUCCCUCAGGUGCGGCCCGGAGCCCCCCGGGCCCUGCGGACCAGCGCUGCCCACCGGGACAUCGACACGGCCGCCAAGUUCAUCGGGGCCGGCGCGGCCACCGUGGGAGUGGCCGGCUCCGGGGCCGGCAUCGGGACCGUGUUCGGGAGCCUCAUCAUCGGCUACGCCAGGAACCCCUCGCUCAAGCAGCAGCUCUUCUCCUAUGCCAUCCUGGGCUUCGCCCUCUCCGAGGCCAUGGGGCUCUUCUGCCUCAUGGUGGCCUUCCUCAUCCUCUUCGCCAUGUGACGAGCGGGCGGUGACAGCGACGGAGCCGUGAGGUGACAGGGACAGAGCCCUGAGCGGGGACGGUGGCCCCGUGCCCGUCCGGGGUGCCAGGGGCAGGGAAUAAAGAUGGUUUGGUGACA